UAUCGUUACAUAACCCAGGGUCAGCGGCACACCAACAUGGAGCGAUUGGUGGAGGGCUGCGGCCCGUCAUACUACACCUAUCAGGUGAGCCAGCACAGCUCGGAUGUUCUCAAUCAACUCAACCAGCAACGCAAGAGUGGAGGUCGCUUCUGCGACGUGGUUCUCCGCGUUGGCGAGGACAGCUUUCCAGCCCAUCGCGCUGUUUUGGCCGCCUGCAGUCAGUAUUUCGAGUCAGUGCUUGGAGAGGCAGAAGGUCCAACACCGCGAGAGCUUGAGAUGCACACCAUCAGCUCCAAGGUUUUCGGGGACAUUUUAGACUUUGCGUACACGGCACGCAUCAUUAUCAGGCUGGAGAGUUUCCCGGAGCUAAUGACGGCUGCUAAGUUCCUGCUAAUGCGCUCAGUCAUUGACAUAUGUCAGGAGGUGAUCAAGCAAUCUAAUGUACAAAUUCUGGUGCCUCCUACUAGGCCAGAACUCAUGCUUUUUCGAUCAGGGGCUUCCGAUCUUGGCUUUCCAUUGGACAUGACAAAUGGUUCUGUGAUGAGCGGGGCAGGCAUUGCAGGGUCAAUGGGGGAUGAGGAGGAGGACUCUGUACGGCCAGGGCCAGCUGUGCCAAGUCAGGCUUCCCUUAUAGCACUUGGGGGAUCAUCGCAAAUGUUGCCCUCACAGUACCAGGUGGGAGUGCAAGGACUUGGAAGCAAACGUGGCCGUGGAAGGCCGAGAAAGCCAAGCGUAUUAGACUCUGUCCUUUUUGGUGCCGUUGGCGGCUUACGUGAUGGAGCAAUACUUCCUUGUGGGCUUUGUGAUAAAGUCUUCACCGAUCCUUUGCGACUCCGCCAUCAUGAAGCACAGCAUGGAGUCACAAGUCUACAGUUAGGAUAUGCUGACCUUCAAGCACCUCGAAUAGGGGAGAAUGGGUUAUCACAAGACGAACAAGCAACCCCACGAAAGAGAAACCGAGCAAGGAAACAGGUGGCUUGUGAUUUGUGUGGAAAGAUCUUCCGGGAUGUGUACCACCUGAACAGGCACAAGCUAUCUCACUCUGGAGAGAAGCCGUAUUCUUGUCCUGUGUGUGGACUGAGGUUUAAGAGAAAGGACCGAAUGUCUUACCAUGUCCGCUCACAUGACGGCUCAGUAGGAAAGCCCUAUAUUUGCCAAAGCUGUGGAAAGGGAUUUUCAAGACCGGACCACCUGAAUGGACACAUUAAACAAGUUCACACGUCAGAGAGACCGCACAAGUGUGAGAAAUCUGCAGAAGGAUUUGCCAGCCAAGUGCACAGUGAGCAGGAGAGGAGAGGAGGAGGAGGACAGACAUGUAACGCUUCAUUUGCAACACGUGAUCGUCUGCGCUCACACUUGGCAUGUCAUGAGGAUAAGAUACCAUGCCAGGUGUGCGGCAAAUACCUUCGGGCAGCAUAUAUGGCGGACCACCUGAAGAAGCACAGCGAGGGUCCUAGCAACUUCUGUACCAUUUGUAAUCGAGGUUUCUCCUCUGCCUCUUACUUAAAAGUCCACGUAAAAACACAUCACGGCGCCCUCCUCAGUGCGGGCCCUCACCGGCCGGAAUCCACCCCAAAUGGUGCAGCACUGUUCCAAUGUGUCCGGACCUGUGGCGUGAAAGAGGGGGAGAAAUGUCAGCAUGGAGAACAGGAGAGUUCUGAUUCAUUUGGUGACCUGUCUGAUGGAAGUGACCUCAAGUCACCUGAGAAGCCAAAUUCUAACGGAUCAUAUGUUGCAUGCGACUUAGUGAUUCCCAAGAAAAUUGAGACAGAGGCAGAAAAGCGCUAUCCAUGUUCAGAGUGUGGGAGCUUCUUUCGAUCAAAGGCCUAUCUCAACAAGCACAUACAGAAAGUUCAUGCCAGGCCAAUGGGGACACCACUUGGGGAUUUGGGGGCUACUUUAGGUCCUGCUCUUGGCCCUGCCCUAGGCCCAGCAUUAGGCCCUGCUCUUGGUACUUCUCUUGGCCCCACUCUUAGUGCCUCCCUUGGGCCAGCACUGGGGUCAGCAUUGGCCUCUCCUUUCUCCCCCCAGCAGAAUAUGUCUCUUUUGGAGUCAUUUGGUUUCCAAAUCGUGCAGUCAGCUUUUGCUUCAUCUCUUGUGGAGCCUGAGGUGGAACAGCAGGCAAUGGGAAGUGGAGGGAAGUAAAAGUGAUAGCACUAGUUACAUCUGGGGAAGGGUAGUGCUUUACAAAUGUGGGAAAUUCAUGCAAAAAGUACCAAAUGCAUGAAUGCCGAAAACUCCCCCAAAAAGUACUGGAACACCUGAGAAGAAGCUGUGUUAACACAUGUUGUGGACACAGUAAGCUGUAUAGUUUUAUGAGACGAUCAGAGAGGAAAAUAGCAGACCAAGCAAAAAAAAAAUGCUGAAUUUUCUCUAACACUCCUCUUCUCUGAGCUCAAAACUGUGCACUGCCUCCCGGACUCAAGGGGUUCACAUGUCUACGCAGGGGGGCACACACUGAACUGUUUCUAUGUGAAUGUUUUGUAGAUUUCCAGAUACUGAUUAUGAAUAUACACAAAACCGGCCACACAAUGAAAUAAACACAUUCACAUGGCAUUCUGCACGAGUCAUAAGUUGCUGAGUUUGUUUGAAGUUUAAUGUCCUCGCUAAUGUAGACAUGAAAGAAAAAAAGAACUGGUGGUUUGAGAAAAAUGAUGAAAUCAAGUCAUAGAAACCCAGCAGAUUUAAUCUCAAAGCCAGGAGAUUGGGGAUAGAAUGGAGAAGGCUACUCCAGAUUGAAUUAAUAAACAUUCCUUGUUGGUGG